GGCCGGAGGUAAAGACAGGAAGGAGAACAGCCCGUGGCGGGGUGCGGUGGUAGCCUGCCUGGCUUCUCCGGGCCUCGCCCCGCCGCAGAACCCGGGCUCUGAGGCGGGACUCGAUGCUUCCUGCAUCCGUAGUGGAGAAAAUGCGCCGCAGAAAGUGCGUGUGCUGUCAGGAGCUGCUACCAGCUCCUUCAUCAUCUCACGUAUUAAAAAAGCUCGUGAAGUAGUAGUGCGCGUUAAGCUGUGCCUUCCUCGGAGUCUACCGGCAGAAUCAGCAAAUCUGCCGGUGUUCUAGCAGCUGCUGCCCCGAAGGAGGGGCUGCUGGAUCCGUGCUGGUGGCUGGCGGCAGCCCCGAGGGACCACGAUGCCUUGCUGCAGCACUUGUCGCUGAGGGUGGCGUUUGGUCUGCCAAGGACCAAGUGUUUGCGUGAUGACAAACACAGCAGCAGUCUGGGGACUGUAAUCAGCCUGCAUCUCGGAUCUGAGUUCCUCGUGCAUCUUCCAUUAUUUUCUGCAGAGUGAGGUGUCUUCAAGUAGGCUGUCUUCCUCCUCUGUCCAUUUUCUUCCACCUGCUCAAAAUUUCUGAAGCUUUGAAAUUAAAAUAUUCUGAAGCUGGGAAAUAGGGUUUCAGCACUCCAUGACUGGGAGCCAGCAUCCUGCUUCUUGACACUGGCCAGCCAAAUGUUAAUGAAGUGUCUGAAGUAGUAGGAGAGAUACAAGAAAAAUGCUUCUGGAAUACUCUCAGAACUCCCAGUAACUCAGUUCUAAGGCAGUAAAAGUAACAGGUUUCUUGCUUUAAUUUUCAGGAACAUUACAUUAAGUAGUAAUGGCUGCUUCUAGAAGUACUGCAAUCAGUAGUUCUUCAGAAGUAGAGUUGUUUGUUUGUUUGGGUUUUUAUUUUUUAACAGGAGAAUAAUCUUUGAAGCAGGGAUUGCAUUGGAUGUACUUUGUAGGGCAUUUUGAAAUAAAAAUAAUGCUUUUAAGUGGGAAUAUAAAUUCUAAAUUUUGUUUCUAAAUUUCUAUAUAUGCAUUAGAAACUGACCUUUGCAACAGUCUGUAAACUGGGUAGCAGCAUUUUUUUUAUGAAUUGGAAGGAUAGGGAAGUUUUAGCAGACAGCUUGAGGGACUUUCCCAAGUCACAGGUGAAUAACACCAGAGGAACGUUACUACUUCCAUUCUCAGAGUCUUUUACAAGUUUCUCGGUUUUGUCCAUUUUGGAAACAAGUCACUGGUGUUUGCCAGGAACUCCUUCCCUUCCUAUGACAGCUUUAAUAUUUAUGUUUUCCUACCUAGAAGAUCUUCCUUGAUCCAAUUAUGAGAAAAUGUUUAGAAAAGGGAAAAAACGACACAGCAGCAGCAGUUCACAAAGCAGUGAAAUUAGUACUAAAAGCAAGGUAAGCUGAGUUUGGUACAUACUCGGUUUAUGAAAGCACUUUCGUUUAUUUGCUUGCACUGAUGGUAGGAUGUGAUUUCCAUAAAAUGCCAUGUUCCACAAGGAGAAAUUUCUCCUCCUCCUAUUCCUCAGAUUGUGUUAUGAGAGUUAAAAAAAUCUCAUCCGUUAUAAAGCCCUUGUACUGCAAGAUGAAUGCUUGAUUGCUUCCAUAGUGAAGCACACAAACACAAGAGUUUCUGGCAGCACACAGUAAGGUUUGGAGGAAAAAGGAGUAUUCUGUAGCGAUCAAUAUUGUCUUUAAGAAGGUGCCUGGUGCUAGGUACCAAGAAUGAGUUUAUUCUUCAGUACUAGUUGGUUACUCAGUAUCUCUCAAAAGUAUUCUUCACUUUGAAUAAUGUGUCCAUUUUGUCUGAUAGGUAUUGGAAUGAUCAGUUGAAUAUUCUGGAUUUUCCAAGGUGCCGUUUCACUUCCCUUGCACUGCUAUGUUAUUUCAAGCAUUGGUGACAAGCAUGUAGUUGUCAAUUUCUUCAAGUUAAGAUGCAGUACCAGAAAAGUCUGGACAUAACCUUAAGUCUGUAGAUUCCAGUCUUGGGGGACUUUCCAGGUCUAGUACUGUGGCUAGUCUAGAUACAGACUCCACGAAAAGUUCAGGACAAAGCAAUAGUAAUUCUGAUACUUGUGCAGAAUUCAGAGUUAAGUAUGUUGGUGCCAUUGAAAAAUUGAAAUAUAAUGAGAGCAAAAGUCUCGAAGGGCCAUUGGACUUGAUAAAUUACAUAGAUGUUGCACAGCAAGAUGGAAAGUUACCUUUUGUUCCAGGUGAAGAGGAGUUUAUUAUGGGAGUUUCCAAAUACGGCAUUAAAGUUUCAACAUCUGAUCAGUAUGAUGUGUUACACAGGCAUGCCCUCUAUUUAAUUGUACGGAUGGUCUGCUAUGAUGAUGGUCUGGGAGCAGGAAAAAGUUUACUGGCUUUGAAGACAACAGAUGCAGCCUCUGAAGAAUGCAGCCUUUGGGUAUAUCAGUGCAAUAGUUCGGAACAAGCACAAGCUAUUUGCAAAGUGUUAUCUACAGCCUUUGAUUCAGUUUUAAUGUCGGAGAAGUCCUGAUUUUCUUCAGCAGCACAUGACUGUGUAGUACAAGAAGCCUUUGUGUGGAGAGGAAAUGGGGCUCCUUGGUGAUGCCACAGCCUGGCUGUAGCUACACACAAACCUAGAAAGGACCUGCUGUGCAGAGAAGAGCCAUGCAACCUUGCACAUGGUACUUUGUCAUUCCCCAAACAUGACUUGAAGACAGUUUUCCAUCUUCAGUUUCCAGGACAAUACAGAAUUUUAUAUUUAACAUGAUUUUUUUUUCCUAAAUCAUGUUUUGUAUAUUAAUGUCCAUAUUGUAGAAAUGUAAAAUAAAACUGACACUUGCUUCUC